CGGGGAAGUUGCCCCAGGGCAGGGGCAAUUCAGGAGCGUAACCCCAGUGCGCGGGCCGGGGAGCAGGGCGAGAUCGGCGGCAGCUGGAGCGACGGCGGCUCCCGCCCUCUCCGCCUCAGGCGGCCUGCGGGGAGGCGGCGGGACCGGAAGAGGGCGCCGGGGAUUCACGGACGGCCCGGUUUGGCCCAUCCCGGCCGCCUUACAGCUCGUCCCCGGGACCCGCCGAGCCGCCUCCUCGGGCUGGCUCCGACCUUCUGGGGCUUCUCGGGAGACUCCCCGGCGGGCUGGGCCGGUCGCCGUCGUCGCCGCUGCCCCCCCCUCCUUCUUCUCCUCCCGCCUCCAACCCCGGGACCAUGUUCCCCAGCACCGGCUCCAACGGGCUGUAUAAAGCACCUCUGUCAAAGAGUCUUUUAUUAAUUCCAAGUGCCCUGUCGGUUCUAUUGACUCUGCUCUUCCAACAUUAUCAGAAGUUCUUCACAUAUAACCUACAAGCUGUAAAAGAGGAUUUUCAGAUUUGGAGACUUGUAUUUGGGAGAACAGUAUGUCUUGAUCUGAAAGAUGCAUUCUGCAAUAGCUUGCUCAUUUAUAACUUUAGGAUAUUUGAAAGACGGUAUGGCAGCCGAAAAUUUUCAUCCUUUUUACUGGGCUCCUGGAUGCUGUCUGCUUUGUUUGAUCUUCUCCUUGUAGAAGCUGUGCAAUAUGCAUUUGGCAUCACCAUCAGCAGUUUGCCUUCUGGAUUCUUGGGUCCUGUAUUUGCUCUGUUUGUACCAUUUUUUUGCUCCAUUCCAAGGAUGCAAGUGACACAAAUAUUAGGCCAAUUUCCCAUCACAAACAAGACAUUGGUCUAUAUACUGGGUUUACAGCUCGUAACCUCUGGUUCCUACAUCUGGAUUGUAGCUGUAAGUGGACUGAUUUCUGGGAUGUGCUACAGCAGUAGUGUGCUAAAAGUUCAUCAGGUGCUUUGUGUUCCCAGCUGGCUGGCUAAGAUAUUUUCUUGGACUCUUGAACCAAUAUUCUCAUCUGCAGAACCAUCCAACGAGAUUCGAGUAGGAAUGGGAGCAACAGUGGACAUCCAGAGACAGCAGAGAAUGGAAUUACUGGAUCGUCAAAUCAUGAUGUCUCAGUUUGCACAGAUGAGACGGCAAAGACAACAGCAGGGCAGGGUGAUUAACUGGAAUCGACUCUUUCCUCCUUUACGUCGUAGACAUCAUGCAAAUUAUCAAGAUAAUCGCCAGUCUGAGCAAGAGGCACCUCCACCUGCUGAGGUUUCUGAGGAACAGAUGCACAGAGAUGGUGGAGAGCUGUGCUGGAGGAAGGAGGGCACAAGAGACGUAACAGGCAGGCAGGAGAAAAGGUUGCACGACUUAUGGAAAUGGGAUUUUCCAGGGUAGAUGCUUUGGAAGCUCUGAGAGCUUCAAAUAAUGACCUUAAUGUAGCUACCAACUUCCUACUGCAGCACUGAUGAUCACUUCUGAUAAAAAAACUUUAGUUGAUAUGUUUAUCUACCAGCAGAAAGAGGAUCAAAGCCACCUGCUGGAUAGACUCAUAAAGAGCAAAAGCCAAGAAGAAAUGUCUACUAUACGCAAUAUUUCAAAGUAGUUUUAAUGGAUGACACUGACUGUUCCUAAACCCCCAAAUAAAGUGGUGGUUACUGUUCUGGUUAUUCUUUAAAAGUAACUUGUAUCUCUAUAUGUUACAUGAUAUCAUCAAAAUUUAUUUUAAAAAAUUUGGUGUCUUUCUCUUUUAAAUCAGUAUUAGAGAUAGUAUCAUUAUUAAUAACUAGGAAAUACAGAAGCAACUCAAACUGCUGCAAACAGCUAAAUUUACCUAUCAGGAAAAAUUACAAUUACAAAUUUUUCAAUUUCUUUGCUCUAAAACUGUAACUCUUAUUUAAUAUUUUACAGUAUUUUGAUUUUUGAUCACAGUAAUGAGAAAAUGUUCAGAUGUGGUGGGUAAUGUUAUUUCCAUAAAGAAUUAUGGGACUAACAUGUCAUUCAUCAAGAAGUUUUAUUAAUGUUUGUAAUAUUUUCUCUCUUUCUCUCAAAAUCCUUUUUAAAUAAAAGUUGUCAUUCAAUACCAUAAUUCAUGUAGGAUACCAGAACUGUUAUGUGCGUAUUGCAGGUUACAUUAAGUGACCGGUAUAAAUUUAAACUAUACAAAUUGUGUAGAUGACUAUACAGAUCAGACAGCAUGAAAAUACUUGAAUGGAAGUGGUAAAAGGGAAUUAGCUGAUUACAAUAAAAUCAGGCCUGACAUCAUUCAUUUGAUUUGGGCAGAUUUCCAUGGUAACAUGAUGGAUGUGUUUAGUUUAGUGAUGCUGUGUGUUUGUUUGGUUUUUUGAGCAGCCUAUACAUUUCUUUAAAAAAAAAAAAUACAAACCAGGCAGAGAAAAAGACCAUUCUUCUGGUUCUGUCUGGUCUUAGUUUUCCACUGUUACAGAUGCAGACCACCCUCGGUGUACUGUUGGAGGCUGCACUUACUGUCAGUCACUGACUGGAAGCCUAGCCUUUGGAAGGAUUGACUCAAGCCAACAGGAGUCUAAUGGCAGGGGCGCAAGAAAUGGGUUUUAGAGUUUAAAAUGAUAAAUAUACAUAUGUCACCUCUUUUUCAGAAGUGCUGUGCCUCCCCAGCUUGGGAGUCACUGGGUACUCAGCACCUCUGCAAAUCAAGCCAGUUAUUAUGGAGCCAGUUCUAGCUCCAUAAUUAAAGUUAAGUUGAGUUUUGCACUUAAAUGUAUAAUAUAUACAUGUGUAACAUGUAUUUUAUAUAUGUGCAUACUAUAUGUAUUAUACAUAUAUGAUUGAGAACAGCACUGAAGAUGUCGUGGAGAAUGAAGUGGGAGGAGUAAGAAGUUGGAAGGGAAGAAGAGAACAGAGGGGGUAGAGAGAGAGGAGGGAGAAUUAUAUUUUAGAAAUCAAAAUGAGGGGAUAAUUGGGGUUUCUGAAAAUGGCAGCUUUACAGUAUUCUGCAAAAUGAACAGAAAAUAACAUCAGAUUUUGUUCACAUUUAGGUACAUAAUAUACUUACAAUACAGAUUAUUGUGCUCAUGUCUUAAUUUCCAUUGGACUGAUUAAGAGAUUUGAAAUGAGAGACCAUUAUUUUAUCUUGUGAAUGUUGUAACGUGAGGUAUUUGCAUGCAGCUACAGUCUUUUUGUAUACUCUUCCUGCGUUUUUAAGUGAAAGAUUAUUUUGUUCACAUAAAGAUGACUGGCAUUUUUCCUGCAUGGGUUAAGGAGAUGUCUGGAGUCUGCUAAGUCUGAAAACUGCCUGGAUCAUAAAGAGAAGCCCCGGAACCUUAAAAAGAAUCUGUUCAAAAACAGUAUGCUGAUUUGCAGCUCACUUAAAACUUUUGGAGUAUACGUCUAAGAGGUCAUACUUUUUUAUUUUAAAACAUGUCUAAAGUAUCCCCAUCAUUAUCAGAAUAAUUGUAAAAUAGGUGGCCAUAAACGGUGAUAAAUAAUUGCAGAUAGAAUCAGUUACCCAUGGACAGAAUUAUUUAUUUAUAUCUUACCCAGUGUAAAAGUAAAAAAUUAAAUAUAACAGAUACCCUUCCAGAUACUGUCCUACUAUAGAAACAAGGGCCAAUAGAGCUGCAUCCAGAUUCUAUACAGAUUUUACACUCAGAAUUUGCAAGUAUGUAAUUAGAGUGCAGUUUAGGACAUUACUAGAGUAUUUGCAGAUUAAUAUUCUGUAUGUCUAAAUAUUUUAUUUUUGUUUUAUAUUGCAGUAGUAUCCUGGUGUCCCAAUUCAGACCUAGGUCAAUUGUGGUAGGCACUCUAUGAAUGUACAAACAUAUUGGGUGAAAUCCUAGCCUUGCUGAAGUCAACGGCAAAACUCCCAUUUGACUUCAAAGGGGCCAGGAUUUCACCCAGGGCCCCUGUCUUAAAAUGCUUGCAGUCUUCUAUAGUCUUCAUACAAAAACUUUUUUUUCUUUUUGAUCCCAGACUCUACUGAAGAAAUUUUCAAGGUGAUUCAUUCAGCAAAGUGGGACUUGUAGAAAUUAGAGCUGGAAAAGGUCUGUUGGGUCACCUGCUGUAGACCAUCUCCAUUUAUGUGCAAGAUAGUUCCUUAGAGCAUAUUUACUAGUGCUUUGUCCAGUCUAAUUUUAAAAGUCUGAGAUGAUAUGGUUUCCAUGUUGAGUGCACUCCAGACAUUUUUUGAAGAGGCAAAAGAAAGAGUCUGCCCUUUCCCUUUAGCAGAAAACAAAUCGAUUUUCUGUAGGAAAAGGCUGCAAGGACGAAAUCCAGGCCCUGUUGAAGUCAGAGGCAAAAUUGUCAUUGACUUUAUUAAAACCAUAGUCUCACCUGGAGGGUAUGUCUACACUGCAGCUGUGAGCCUCCCAGUAUAGCUAGGCAGACUUGCACUAGAUUCACUUGAGCAAGCUUGCUAAAAAUACCAGGGUGGACAUGGCUCUAGCCACCCGAGCUCAGACCUAGUGUGUCGGGUGGGCAAGGAGCCUGAGUGCCGCCCAAGCCUCAAUGUCCAUGCUGCUGCUGUUAGUGCACCAACUCGAGUCCCGCUAGCACAAGUCCACCUGGGCUGGAAGGCUUUCUCCCAGCUGCAGUAUAGACAGACAGCCUCAGAGUCUCAAGUAGUGGUCGCUAUUACAGAUUUCACUAAGGCUAAGAACAUUCUUUAAUGAUGAAGCUUCUGUUGAUCAGAAUAAUUUAUCAGAGUGAGAUCUUUACCUGUUGUAUGGUAUUUGGGAAAUACACAUAGCUUUCCAUGGGAUGACUGCAGAACUCUACAGUGGGAACGGCAGGUUCCCAGGGUCUUUCCUUUGUUUUAAGGUGCAAUAUGAUGGAGCUCUCUCCAGAAAACAUUGUACUUGUCAGAAAUGUCCUCCUCUCACAGUAUAGGGGACAGAGAUUACUACCUCUCAAAUGAUUACAUUUACAGUAACAUUUAGCUUCUUAUAUACAUAGCUGUGGUAUGUAGUGCCUAUUGAUGCCUUAAGAAACUAAUUAUUUAAGCAAAAGAUUAUGUGCAGAUAUUUUUGUACAAAACCAAGCAAAAUACAUUCUAGGAGUCCGAGACACUUGGCAAAAUACUCAGCCAUCUUACAUAUGUGGUUAUGAUGCUGUAUAUAACUCUGGAACGUUUUAUUGUGGCUAUAAUAUGGGUUUGUUAAAAGAAAAUUAAAAAGAUGCAUUCCAGGAAUCCUC